AGGAUUCACAGAAAAUGAAGGUUUCUGAGGUGGUAAAUUGGUACAGCCUGAGGCAUUCAGACAGCAGGACAGCAUAGUGCAGUGCAGGCGCCAUAGAUAUUAUUCCACCCAAUGGCAUAUCACUUUAUGUGCAUGCAUCCCCUAGGGAGAGAAUUUCCGAAGUAGACAACUCCGAGAGACAUGGCGACAGGAGUUCAGCCGUAUUAGUGUGUAUUCCCAUUAUAAUGCGCACCAGAUUCAGACUAGGUUUUCAUACCUGUAUUCCAAUUUCUUCCCAGAAGCCGUUGAAUCAGAUUAGCCAUUAUGACGCAUAUGCUAUCUAGUCUCGAAGCACUACAAUCGUAUCAGGUUUUAAAAAAAAUAUUCCACACUGAAUCUCCUCAUUUCUAGUCAUGACGUCAGCUCCUUCUCAGGAUAGUUUCGUUGUCGGACAGCGGGUAGCUCUUAAGGAGCCCGAAAUGGGCAGCCGCUAUGCGCCACGUGGCACCGUGCGAUACGUCGGACCCGUGGACGGUUACAAAAGCGAGUGGGUCGGCGUAGAGUGGGACGAUCCUUUGCGAGGGAAACAUGACGGCGUGGUAACCGGGAAACGUUACUUUCAGUGUUACAUGGUUCCCUCUGGGACGCCUGCCGGAUCGUUUGUGCGACCGCAGAAGCUGACGGGAGGGAUCACGCUUCGUGAGGCCUUGCUGGACCGUUAUAGCACAAGCGGAGCAGACUAUAAAGCGGAGCCCAUCUACAGGGCUCUCGGUCGGCGAAGGGCCAUGGUUAUAGAGUUCGUCUCCGCUCCAGCGAAUAGGGCUGCAGCAGAGGGGGUUGCAGCAGAGGGGGCUGCAGCAGAGGGAGCAGAACCUGGAAGAGGGGAAGACAUAGGAGCGCUGGAAGGGCAAGAGGAGGAGAAGGGGGUUGGGAGAAUGGAAGGGGAAGCGGAAGGGAAAGGGGAAGGGGAAGGGAAGAGGAAUGUAGAAGGUGCGGUUACUCAGAGUGACUCAGAGGGAUCCCGUGAGGGCGUACUGGGUGGAAGAGAAGGCAGGAAUGAAGACAAGGGAGACCCGUCCAAGAAGAACGGAAUCUGGUUGUCCCGUCUUCAAGCAGCGAACGUGUCUGAUGUGCCCGUGGGGUCGAUUGGAGCUGCGCGGGAGGUGGCAGCUAUUGCAUCCCUGACAGAGCUUGACAUGUCAUACCAUCUCCUCUCUGACUGGCACGAGGUGCAGAGAGUGGGGCUAGAGCUACCAGCCCUCACAGCCCUUGACAUCGGCCAUUCCCGGAUUCAGUUCCCUCCUCCUGCCUCCGAGCCAUGCGCCUCUCCCUUGGCUGGGUUGAGGAAGCUUGGGCUGAACAACACACGAGUCACAUGGGCCCAGGUGGAGGAAAUCUCGCGGCAGCUUCCCCUCUUGGAAACCCUGGUUCUCAUACGGAACGAGAUUGCCGAGCUGCAACCCAUCAGUGGCAGCGAUUGCCUUCAGAACCUUUCCUACCUGGACCUAUCUGACAACCGCAUCACCGACUGGGCUCAAGUCGCCUUCCUCUCGGCCUUACCCUCCCUGCAAUGGCUGCUGCUCUCGGGGAACCAGAUCUCAAAGAUUGGAGACACUCAUACCACAGCUGCAUCCGAGCCUACAUUUCGCCAUCUCCAGCACCUCUCUCUAGCUAACAACGGCACUUCUGACUGGUCAUCAAUCGAUGCACUGGCCGUGACAUGCCCAAACCUCAAGGAGCUGGUUCUGUCUCACAAGCCCUAUGUGCCUCGAUUGCCUUCAGCCAAUCAAAGGACAGUCCCAACUAGCGUUGCAGCCACUAGCAACGUGACACCUGGCAGCGGGACAGAGGUCAGACAGGCAGCGAAUGGGAGCCUGCCACCUGGUGGGGCGGGUGCUACUGCCGCUGAUGGGGAGGAGAGUGGGAGGGUGGAGAGGAGUCAAUGUGGGGUGACGGAGGAGGGGAGGAUGGAGCUGAUUGCAAGGCUUGGGUCGAUCCAGAAGCUUAAUAGUACUCAGAUCCUAGCACGAGAGCGCAUGGAUGCGGAGAUGUGGUACAUCUCCCAUGUCAUCCGCUCCCUCCCCCACGCCACCUCUCUCCCUCAACUCGUAGCAGCGGGCCAUCCCUCCCUCCCCGCUCUCCUGGCCAAGCACGCUCUCGACCUGCAAUCAGAGCAGAGAAAGCUGCUCCCAAUGGCAGCAGCGGCAGCAGCUACUAGUGCUGCUACUGGUUCUGGUGCUGGUGUCGUUGUUCCUGCUGUCAACGGUGGUGUGAGCGCUAGUCGCACCAGCACUUCUUCCUUCAUAAGCAUCACAUUCCGGGUGAUUGGUCCCGGAUGUGGCAGCAGCACAGGCAAGGAAGUCACCAAGAAGCUUCCUCAGUCCACAACGGUGUCCAAGAUGCGGCCCCUCAUCGCUCGACUGCUGAAGCUUGAUCCCUCCUCCUUCUCCCUCUUCCUUCUGCCGUCCACCCUUGAAGGCGUUCAGCCUCUCCCCUCACUCCUGCUGGAUGAUACUGAGCCAUUGGGUGUGCUGCUCCACUCUGGCACCACAGCUGCCUUGGAUGCUUCCCAAGCAACCAUCCUCGUUGACACCUCACUGGACACCAGGCAAGCAUCAUCGUUGUCAAAGCCUCAAGUUCUGACUCGUGAACAGCAAUUGAGGGUACUAUUAGGGCAAUAGUAUACACGUAGAAGAUUGAAUAUAGGAAAUUGUAUUGCACAGGUUGGCGACCACCAGAUUGGCUUAGAGCUAGCAUUACUUUCGAUGAGAGGAAUUGAUGUGGUGUAGCCGUUUGGAUGAAGCGUAGUAAU